GUUCCUGUAACAAUGUUACACUUGAAGUGUAUCAUUCUGUCAUAUGUACAUGAGCAAAUGUCAUCUGUUAACCUUUAAAAAAAUGUUCAAAACACUCGCCGUUUCUGCCGCUAGAUUUGCAAUUUUAUCAACAAAAUCGGCCUCAAAAUGUCUUAUAAACACCAUUCCCAAACCAACAGUGUCGCAGUUACUUCCUCAAUCUAACAGAAGUUUGUGCUCAAUCGUAACCUCUAAUCUACAACAGAAACCUUUGCUGCAACCCCUACCUCAAAUCAGCAAUGAAAUAACUAGAACGUUGACUAAAUACUCGUUCAGAAAGGGCAAAAGGAAAUCUCAGAAGAAAGCCUAA